GUCCUCUCUCUGCCCUGGCUGCAGCCAGUGUUGACCUGUCAGACAGCAAGUGGCCCCAUGGAGGAAGAGCGUGUGGCCCCAGAAGGCCCUGACAUGGCCCCUUUGGAGGAGGAAUCUCUCUUUAGUAACUUGGACAUAUUCCUUUUUUCUCUCAUUGUUGGCCUACUCAUCUACUGGUUCCUCUCUCGCAAGAAGACUGAGGAGGCCAUCCCAGAGUUCAAGAGGCUCACUCCUGUGUAAGUUUUCCCACCAAAAUUCUAUCAUUUGAUAUUUUGAAACGGCCCUUGCCUAGGUAGGCUCAUUACAAUCUAAUUUGUAAAAUCCCAAGGGAGUUUAUCCUAUUGGAACAGUGGUAGUAUGUUUGCCUAUGGGCUGGGAGACACCAGGUUCGGGACCAGCAGGGGACGUUGCCCUGUCAGUAUCCGCUAUAUUGGUGUCAGAAGUGGGAUAGUGCUGAUGAUCUUUAAAGAUUGUUGUGUGCUUAGCUGUUCAUUUAUUUAAUCAAGGAUGAUUAAACAUUAGUGUGUAUUUGCUCAGAUUUUCCCCUCAAUAGCCCAGGAAGGUUAAAUCAGAACACGCCCAUUUUGUCACCCCCGGUGACCAAAAGUAAUUUGUAUUUUCUUGCCCUUGAACUUAGAGCUGAGUGGGAAGCAGGGAUUGGCAGUGUGCUUGUGCAUGUGCUGCUUUAGACCACACGGUGGUUGGUCUGGGCAGGGCUUCCAGCAUUUUAAUGUGUUGACUUCAUGUAGGCCUAACUGAAGGAAUGUGCAUGGUCACAUUAGUUUACAUUUGUUGUUUAUUCAAAAGGAUAAUAAUUGGAAGUGGUUUGGGUGACUUUGGUGCUUAUUUUAACAUACCCUAGAGACUAGGCUACAUUGCCCAGGCCACAUGCAGAAACGUACUGUAGCAAUUGUAGUGGUUUUAAUUGUUUUCUCACCUAUUAUUCCUUGUAACUUUCUGGAUUAGGUCUAUACAUGCGUUCAUCUGUUGAAUAGAUGGAUUCUUGAAACAUCUCACAUCAGUGUUACUGAGAACCUUGUUGUUUCAUUGUAUCCACUUGGCUGCUGGCAGGCAGGCACUUGGCAUGAGGCUUGAUCAGUAACAGUUGCCUAUGUUCCGUUGUUGGAAUCAUUUGGAUCAAUUCCCCCCACAGGGAAAAUGCCAGCUCUGCUCUCCCUCACACCCAAACAAUGGACUUGAAAGAGGUUUUAAUAGCUGGAAAUGUUAAAACCAUCAACAUGGCUUUCUCUGUCUGAAUGGGAACAGUGUUAAGAGAAGGAACUCAAACAUACUAGUAAUUAAUUACUGGACCUCUCUCUCUCCCUGCGAGAUCCCCUGGCUCCCCUCCGGACCACCAAACCUCAUUGAAAGAAAUAUGCAGGAGGAGGAAAUGGCCCACAACUGAAGCUAUGAAAAUUCCAGGAAGAGGUUUGGUGAGUGCAGGAAAGGGGAGAGCUACCUUGGAGUUUCCUUGUGUUUGGCUGGCUCACAUUUCACUGUGAUCCUUUUUUGUUGGAGAAGACUCCCGUCUUUGUGCACUCUUUUUGUCUUUAGUCUUCUACACGGCCCAUUUGGACACUUCCACAGCGCACCAGAAGACCCAGUGGAUGCUCUUUCUCUUUGAAUGCUCUCUGAGGUGGAAAGUUGAGGCCAAAGUCCAGCAGUAUUCUCUGUUCAGCCUCUCUUCUGCGGAAGCCGUCCCUAAUUUGCCUUUGAGGGAGCAUGAAUGGAGCAGAGCCGUGUCACAAAUGGCAACCUUUUAUGAUAGAUUAGGUAACCAUUGUGACACACUCCCUCGGCUCAGGGGUUUGAAAUGUGCUUCAUUCAGCUCUGCCUUGCCUUGUCUCUCUUUAAAAAUUAAAAAUACACAUUUACGCUGUUAACAGUUGCCAGGGUGACUCGGGUAGUGUAGUCCCUACAGAUUGUAGAGGAAAAGAGGAGGGAUGUAGUGAGUGGAUGUGUGUGCGUGCGCAGGGGCAUGUCCGUUUAGUUAAAAAAUAAAUGUUUAUGUGCAUGUCACCGGCUGCUCUGCUUGAAGGGCUUUUAAGGGAAAUGUCAUGCUAUAUUGUCGGUCCCUUCCCAGCCUUGCUGCCAGAUGUCGGUGGUGUCUGUGUUGAGUGGUGGUGAGAGCGGCUAACAGCAGCACGUCCAUCCGCGUCUCUGACUGCUGCUCUGAGCAGAACACAAGCCCUGGAGUUGCCUGGCCAACCAGUGAGAGGCUGCUGUGGCUGAAUAACAGCCAUGGCUGCCUGCGUGUUUUGAUUCCACCACAGAGAGAGAGCGCGCUCGGGUGUGCGUGGGGGGGGGCUGUAUGUUCAGUGAGAGACUGAGGAUCUCUCCCGCAUAAUGCACAUUGGAGAGGCCAGCGGAUAGUCAGCCCUGAGGGGCUUCUUCUUCACGUGCUUUAUCGGAUUGUGUCCAAUUGUGGAUCAGACAAGUGUGUUGUGGGGCACUGGAGAACACUGCCUAUAACCAUGGGAUGUGUGUUCUCUCUGCCCAAAGAGAGACAGGCAGCAGCCGCCAGGUCAGUCUCUCGGUCUCGCUCUCUCUGUCUCUUUCUCUGUCUCUCUCUUGGUCUCGCUCUGUCUCUCUGUCGCUCUGUCUCUCUCUGUGUGUGUGUGUGUGUGUGACAGCUUGUUCUACUGUGCUCCAUCCACUGCCUAUCAUGUUGAUGCUCUUCGGGGAAAUGUGUGUUACUGUUGGAAAAGGCAAACGAUUGGACUUGAUUUGCUCUUCAGCUUCCCAGGCUGCUUACCAGCGUUUUUAACCAGCAAUGUUAAACAAAAGGAAAGGAAAUAGUUUUAAAGAUAAGAAUCAAUGUUGUAGAAUGUUAUGAUUAUGAUAGCCUGUCAUCAAAAAGGCUAUAGUCUGAAUUAUGGCUGUGUGCUGUACAUGUAGCCUAACAAUUGACUUAAGAUACUGUCACCACAUGCAACGUUUGUCACUUCUUCACUUCCUCUUGAUACCUCCUAUGUUCUUUGCUAAGGAGUACACAUUUCAUUGACAAUUGACAUGUUAAUUUCAUUGGUGAGUAUCACAUGCAUUUACUGUGUUUGUUCAAGGUUUUUACCAAUGAUCAACUGAGCUAUUUCUGUGUUGCGUUUCCAUGACUUGUGAAGGGAUUGGGUGUGACCCAUACAAAAAUCUCUCCCAUGGGGGUCAGAAGGGGAUGAGAAUGCCAAAGUAAAGAACAUUUACUGCCUCCUCAAAUGGAUCAUAUUUUCGAGGCAGUGUAAUAGCCAUUUAAUGGACUAAUUAACUAAGUUACCAUGGUAUGGUAAUGUUGGCCUUUAACAUCUGCUUUGUGUCUUUUUCUCCAGAGUCACUCCACAGCGAGAAACCAGCUUUAUUGAGAAAAUGAAGAAAACGGUAAGUAUCUUUAUGCGAAAGGCUGUGUUAUAAGUGUGUAGCUCAGUAGAGCAUGGCGUUUGCAACGCCAGGGUUGUGGGUUCGUUUCCCACAGGGGGCCAGUAUAAAAAAGAAUGUAUGCACUCACUAACUGUAAGUCGCUCUGGAUAAGAGCGUCUGCUAAAUGACUUAAAUGUUAAAUGUAAAUAAGUAGAAACAAAUUAUUUUAGACAAAAUUAUGUCUAUUUAUUUAGUAAAUGGAUAUGUAGGCUAUAUACCACUUAACUUGUUUUGGUGACUAGCUAAGAAACUUUAAAAAGUCCUCUAUAAUUUAGGAUGACAACUGAUGAUGCGUCUGCCUCUCCAGAACAGGAACGUGGUGGUGUUCUAUGGCUCUCAGACGGGCACGGCUGAGGAGUUUUGCGGCCGACUGGCCAAAGACGCCCAGCGCUACGGAAUGAGAGGCAUGUCAGCUGACCCCGAGGAAUAUGACAUGGUAUUGGUCUUAACCCCGUUGACUUUACAUGUGUACACUAUUUACAUUGUCUCAGUGUUCUACAUACCACAUGUAACCUCCAGCAGCUUUAUGGUGGUGAAUAUUUUAUAUUUGUUUGGAUAUAUAUUAAAUGUAUAACAUUAAGAGAGCUAAUGACUGCAUUGUUGCAUCCUGAGAGCUGUUUGGUGAACGAAUCCCGUUUGCAAUUAAAAUGUAUUUUCAAUGUAUUUUUCUUCCUUCCUCUCCUCAGUCGGAGCUGCCUCGUCUUGCGGAGAUCGACAACUCCCUGGCUGUGUUCUGCAUGGCGACCUAUGGGGAGGGGGACCCCACAGACAACGCUCAGGACUUUUACGACUGGAUGCAGGAGACCGACGAGGACCUGAACGGAGUCAACUUUGCGGUUGGUAUUUUGCUCAGCGAGAUAGGUCUCUAGAAGAUGCAUCAAGGUACUUGAGUGUCAACAUUGGUGUGCAGCGCAGCACGUUUAGCUUUGACAGGAUCCACACAGAAUGACUCAUAUUGCAUCCCCAUUCCCCAUUGACGGGGAGGCAGGGAUUGAGAUGUCCGUAUGUGAGGCUUUCCCAUGCGAAAGGCACUGGUGGAAUGCACACUUUGCUACAGUGCCCCACUUCCCUCCAAACUCACUCACCAAGUGGAAACAUGUGGUCCUGCCAAACAAAGCUCCAGGCCUGGCCAACCUCAAGGCUGGAGCUGGAGAGCACUGGUAGUUUGUGGCUUGGAGACGUUGGGAGUCCCAAUUUUGAAAUGUUUUCUCAUUGACAUCACUACUGAACAAUGUUAACCAUGGCUUCCUCCGGGUCUCGCUGUGCGACUCUCCUGAGACAGCAUUGUGAUGUGGUUGUGGCUUUUUAUCUGGGAAAUCCAUGUUUUCUUGUUCUCGACAUUUGUAGUGCAUUCAGCCAUAUAAAGCCACUGAAAUUACAGAUCUGAUCCAAAUGGUGUAAUUUAGUAAAUGUACAGCUUAGACAUGUGUAAGGAUAUAGUGUAUUACUGCAUUUACAGUGUCUUCAGAAAGUAUUCACACCCCUUGACUUUUUCCACAUUUUGUUGUGUUACAAAGUGGGAUUAAAAUUGAUUUAAUUGUCAUUUUUAUGUCAACAAUCUACACAAAGUACUCUGUAAUUUGGAGAAGAAUUCUAACAUUUGUAAAAUAAUUCAUGAAAAACAAAACACUCAUAUCUUGAUUAGAUAAAUAUUCAACCCACUGAAUCAAUACAUGUUAGAAUAACAUUUGGCAGCGAUUACAGCUGUGAGUCUUUCUGGGUAAGUCUCUAAGAGGUUUGCACACCUGAAUUGUACAAUAUUUGCACAUUAUUCUUUAAAAAAUUGUUCAAUCCCUGUCAAGUUGAUUGUUGAUCAUUGCCAGACAGCCUUUUUCAAGUCUUGCCAUAGAUUUAGAGGACGAUUGUAAGUCAAAACUGUAACUAGGCCACUCAGGAACAUUCAAUGUCAUCUUGGUAAGCAACUCCAGUGUAUAUUUGGCCUUGUGUUUUAGGUUAUUGUCCUGCUGAAAGGUGAAUUUGUCUCCCAGUUUCUGUUGGAAAGCAGACUGAACUAGGUUUUCCUCUAGGAUUUUGCCUGUGCUUAGCUCUAUUCUGUUUCUUUUUAUCAUUAAAAAAACUCCAUAGUCCUUGCCGAUGACGAGCAUACCCAUAACAUGAUGCAUCCACAACCAUGCUUGAAAAUAUGAAGAAUGGUACUCAGUGAUGUGUUGUUGGAUUUGUCCUAAACAUAACGCUUUGUAUACAGGACAUAAAGUUAAUUUCUUUGCCACAUUUUUUGCAGUUUAACUUUAGUGCCUUAUUGCAAACAGGAUGCAUGUUUUGGAAUAUUUUUAUUCUGUACAGGCUUCCUUCUUUUCACUCUGUCAAUGGUUAGUACUGUGGAGUAAACUACGAUGUUGUUGAUCCAAUCUCAGUUUCUCCUAUCACAGCAAUUAAACUCUGUAACGGUUUUAAAGUCACCAUUGGCCUCAUGGUGAAAUCCCUGAGCGGUUUUCUUCCUAUCCGGCAACUGAGUUAGGAAGGACGCCUGUAUCUUUGUAGUGACUGGGUGUAUUGAUACACCAUCCGAAGUGUAAUUAAUAACUUCACCAUGCUCAAAGGGAUAUUCCAUGUCUGCUUUUGUUUUGUUUUUUUCAUCUACCGAAAGGUGUCCUUCUCUGCUAGGCAUUGGAAAACCUCCCUGGUCUUUGUGGUUGAAUCUGUGUUUGAAAUUCACUGCUCGAUUUACAGAUAAUUGUAUGUGUGGGGUACAGAGAUGAGGUAGUCAUUUUAAAAAAUCAUGUUAAACACUAUUAUUGCAUGCAACUUAUAAUGUGACUUGUUAAGCAAAUGUUUACUUCUGAAUUUAUUUAGGCUUGCCAUAACAAAGGGGUUGAAUACUUAUUGACUCAAGACAUUUCAACUUUUCAUUUCUCAUUAAUUUGUAAAAAUUUCAAAAACAAUAAUUCCACUUUGACAUUAUGGGGAAUUCUGUGUAGGCCAGUGACAAAACAAUAUCUAUUUAAUCCAUUUUAGAUUCAGGCUGUAACACAACAAAAUGAGGAAAAAGUAAAGGGGUGUGAAUACUUUCAACUCAGAUUUGCAUCAUGACAUAGGCCCUAGAAGUAGAGGAAGCUUUACAUUUAUAUGUAGGUCAUUCAUUUUUAUCUACUGUGAUAGCUGAUAGCAUCUACCUUUGAACUCUGCAGGUGUUUGGCUUGGGGAAUAAAACAUAUGAGCACUUCAAUGCAAUGGGAAAGUAUACAGACAAGAGACUAGAAGAGCUGGGUGGCAAGAGGAUCUAUGACCUGGGAAUGGGAGACGAUGAUGGCAAGUGAGUACUGAACUCAAUACAGUGAAAACAUUGCCACAAUGUCCAUAAAUUACCGUAUUUUCCGCACUAUAAGGCGCACCGGAGUAUAAGCCGCAGCAGCUAAAUUGAAUGAUAUUGAAUGAUGUGUACAUAUAUAAGCCGCACUGGACUAUAAGCCGCAGGUGUUUUAAUGUUUAAUUACCAUAUGUAAGGGUUCGUGCACAGAGGGGAUUGUCGGGAAAGAGAUGGCUGCUUGAAAACUUCCUUUGCACAAACUGUCUCGCUCUCGUAAUGUCUGUCUGUCUUGCUCUCGUUCUGUCUCUCAUUCUGUCUCUCUCUCGGUUCCACUUUUACUUUUGCACGCUACCUGUCUCACUCUUUUCCGGCCUCCAGCUUUUCCUGCUGGAGCCCGCCGCUUAAAGGUGGGGGGCGCGGACCGGUCAUAGAGCCCAUAGAGUUAAAGUUGGUGGACUGUAACCUGUAAAAUCCAUAGAUUUAGGAGGUCUUCUAGUGGACCGUUAGCUGUAAAAAUCCAUAGAUUAGCCGCACCGUUAUAUAAGCCGCAGGGUCGAAAAAUGGGAAAAAAGGUGCGGCUUAUAGUCCAAAAAUUACGGUAAUCCAUAUUCAUAAAUAUGUAUGUGUUUCUCUUAUUAAAAUGUCAUGCUAUGACUGUGUUCUAUGUAUGUCUUACCCUCUUCCCCAGCCUUGAGGAAGACUUUGUAUCAUGGAAGGAGCAGUUCUGGCCUGCUGUGUGCGAGCACUUUGGGGUGGAGGCCACGGGAGAUGACACCAGGUAAUAGCUAGUUGGCUACCCCCUCUCACUCUCCUGGUCAGACUUGUUGCCAACUAGAGAUAUUUAGUAUGGCGCUUCAGGAGCGUCUUUUUUUAAGACACAGAGGGCUUGUUUCCCAGACACAGAUUAAGCCUUGUCCAGGAUUCAAAAACAUUCUCAAUUGAGAUUCUCCAUUGAAACUACUUUAUAGUCCAGGACUAGGCUUAAUCUGUGUCUGGGAAACCGACCAAUAAUGUUUUACUUUGUAGUCCAAUACAGAACAAGGGUUAUUUUCCAUGGUAAUAUCUGCAGCUAUGAAUACUGGAUGUAUCAAAUAAUUGAUACACCCUGACAUUGUUUGAAUGUUCUCAGAAAAAGCGCAAUAAAGCUUCAUCUGCAAAUAAGAAACCUAAAUGACCGUCAACAAUAACAAAUAUUUUUACAUGUGCUUUAAGACCUUUCACUCUGCGCAUUAUGGCGUCUGACAAUUUUUACCAUGCAUCAUCACAUUUGCAUCACAGAGAGCGAACCCCGCUAGAAGCGUGCAUGGCUGUCCAUAUCGGCCCUUAGCUGCACUGACAAGUUAUUUUUUGACUUCACAGGUGUGUAAUCAUGAGUGGUCGAGAUGCAGAGCAGGAAGUAACCACCUGUCCCGUUUCUUCCUCUCCUUUAGCAUCCGGCAGUACGAGUUGGUGGUUCCAACUGACAUCAACAUGAAUAAGGUGUACACUGGGGAGAUGGGUCGCCUCAAGAGCUUUGAGACCCAGAAACCGUGAGUUGACAGCUUCACACACACAGGAAGUGGUGUAGGCAGCUCAGCUAUCAGGCGUAAUGACAAAGCUGUGUUGUCAUCGCUAAUGGAAUGAAUAGAUUAGGGUUGUUUUUCAGGGCAACAAAGGGAUGACUGUUGUCAUGAUGCUGACCUGAUUCUCACCUACUUCCCAGUGUCAGAAGUCCAACAGCAAAGUCGGGGUGCUUUUAGGGUGCAUCUCAAUAGUCCAAAGUGGCCUCCUCUCCUCAUCUCUUUUCCUUUUAUUUGCACUGAUCUGAGAGAACUAGACAGGUGUAAACUAAAUCUCUGUGUAGGCCUUGGCCUUAGCACUUUCACAUGUCUUCUCAGUUCAGUAAAAAGAUAAGUUAUUAAUAUUAGAAAUCUUCUCUCAAACGUAUUGGGAUGUCAGUUAUUUAUUGGAACUUUCGACAAACCCAUUUUACAACAGUAGCACCAAUUGUCUGGCUUUUUGAUAACUCCAGUAUAUCUGUUAUUGAAGGCCUUUCGAUGCUAAGAACCCCUACUUGGCCACAGUGGCUGUCAACCGCCAGCUGAACCAAGCCGGCGACCGCCAUCUGAUGCAUCUAGAGCUGGACAUCUCAGGCUCCAAAAUCAGGUAGCUGCUCUGCUUUAAUAUUUCAUAUUAAAAGUCCUAUGCCAUAGAAUAUCAUUCACUUCUGCCUUCCGAUGUCUACUGCAUUUCUUCUGUCUGCCAACAAGUGUCGAGUUGGAUAAUCAUUUAUGUUUUUUUCUUUUUCACACUAAGCAUGUAAAUAUGUUGUAUAUGUAAUGACAUUUGCGUGUUAGAUAAAGACAGUGGGAAGUCUUGUUUAUCCAUAUCCCUGUCUCUCUCCCUCCCUGUAGAUAUGACUCUGGAGACCACGUUGCUGUUUACCCCGUUAAUGAUGUGUCAAUAGUGAACAGAAUAGGCCAAAUCCUGGAUGCCGACUUGGACACUGUUAUCUCUCUCAACAACCUUGACGGUCAGUUGUAAAUCAUGGCUCAGGGAUAUGAUGUGAGCUGCUUUGUGUCUGUAUUUACAUUGGAGCAGUUUUCCAUUGGCUAUUUCGAUAAUAUUUGGUUGGAAUGAAAUGCACAUGAUGUUAUCCUCAUGGCUAUUCACUCACUAUACAGUAAUCCAGAGGUUGAGAAGAUAUUGCUGCACACAGUCAACUAAAUCGUAUAGUCUAUCAUUAAUAUAAAACAUUUAUACCGUGGCCUCUAAAUAAAUGGAACUUGAACAGUAAACAAUGAUGCUGAUAAGAUUCUUCCUCUGUGUCUUUUAGAGGAGUCCAAUAAGAAGCACCCGUUCCCAUGUCCGACCACAUACCGCACGGCUCUGACCCACUACCUGGACAUCACCAACCCCCCUCGCACCAACGUACUGUUCGAGCUGGCCCAGUACGCCACCGACCCCAAGGACCAGGACACCCUGCGCAAGAUGUCCUCCGCCUCCCCCGAGGGCAAGGUUGGCACCCCUGACGGACCUCAAUCCUCUGACCCUUCACCGCUAGCUGACUGACUGACACUCCACUGACCACACAGAAAUGCAUGCUGUCAAUAGCUGUAAAUGAUCUGUAUCAAUGGAGAGUAAGUCUUAGUCUGUCUGUGUCUCUUUGUCAGGGUCUGUACCAGAGCUGGGUGCUGGAUGCUCAGAGGAACAUCCUGGCUGUGUUAGAGGACAUGCCGUCCCUCCACCCUCACAUAGACCACCUGUGUGAGCUGCUGCCCCGCCUCCAGGCCCGCUACUACUCCAUCGCCUCCUCUGGCAAGGUGAGACCCACUAUUAUAAUAGUACAAAUACUUUGUCCGGUUUGUGAGAAACAGAAAUGUGUACAGCAGCACCCUUGGAUGGAGAGCAUUUUAAGGCUUAAGGAUAUGUACCUGGGAUCAGAGACCAGCAGACCUCCGGUUGCCAGUUCAGUUCCCACUUUUUCAGUUAUUUGUUUCUUUAUUUAGUUUUUUAUGCGUUUACUUAAUAUCUGUGUAUUGUCUUGAUGUCAGGUGUAUCCCACCAUGGUGAGCAUCUGUGCAGUGGUGGUGGAGUUCCAGACCAGCACAGGGCGGAGCUUCAAGGGCGUGGCCACAAACUGGCUGAAGAACAAGGUGGUGGAGACGGACAACGGCCACAAGGCCACUGUGCCCAUGUACGUCCGCAAGUCCCAGUUCCGGCUUCCCUUCAAGGCCAGCAACCCGGUGGUAAUGAUCGGGCCCGGCACAGGCAUCGCCCCCUUCAUGGGCUUCCUCCAGGAGAGAGGCUGGAUGAAGGAGCAAGGUAAGGAGCAAGAAGGCCUGGUCCUCGUCUGGUAUUUAAGACUGUGGUUUAGCUGAUAUUUUGUGGUAUUGUAGAACAGCCAUUAAAACAGAACAGUGUUUGCCUAGUGCAUAGAUGGAGUUCACAGCAAGCAAGUCUCCAUAUUCUACAAUAAAUUAGGUUCACCUGAGUUUGUUGCCACAAGUAUGUUUGUAUGUUUUAGCAUAAGGGAGGGAAAGGAAAAAGAGGGUUAGUGUGACACAGCUUCACAUCCAGUAUGUGUUGUGUUUCGCUAUCAGGGAAGGAUGUCGGCGAGACGAUACUGUACUUUGGCUGUCGCCACAGAAACGAGGACUUCCUGUACCAGCAGGAACUGGAGGAGUUUGAGAAGGCAGGCGUGCUGACUCAGCUCAACGUGGCCUUCUCCAGAGACCAGGAGGGGAAGGUAACACAUCACACCGAACCUCUCUGUCAGCUCCUCACUAUGUUAGAGUUGGCGUAUCUAGCUAUACUACCAAGUUUGACGUUUUAAUAGUCGUAUGUACAGGAUACACAUGGUAUACAGCAUCCAAUGAAAUGCUUACUUGUAGGUUCCUUCUCGACAAUGCAACAACAAUAUGAAAUAACAAAUAAUAAGAAUAGAACAUAAAGUAAAUGGCUCAGUAGAAUAUAAAACAUAUUUUAGCAUAAAUAUAAUACAGGAAAACAAUUUAUAAUCCAAUAUUUACACAAGUUCUGGGGAAAGGGGGGAUUGGGGGGCAAGUUUUUAAAUUGUGCAGUAUUUAGCAAUCAUAAUACGAGUCUGUUAGCAGCAGUUGUGAUGUGUGUGUGUGUGUGUAGCGCGCGUGUGUGUGUGUGUGUGUGUGUGUGUGUGUGAGUGAGUGCAUGUUUGCUAAAGUGUGUAGAGACAGUGCAGGUGGUCAGUCCAGUUCAAGGGUUCAGCAGUCUGAUGGCUUGUAGAUAGAAACUGUCUCUGAGCCUGUUGGUAUCAGACCUCAUGCUCCAAUACCAUCUGCCCGAGCUGUUCACUCCCUUACCGUCGGGUAAGGGAGUGAACAGCUCGUGCCUGGAGUGUGUGGUGUCCUUGAUGAUGCUGCAGGCCUUCCUCAGGCACCGUUUCAAGUAUAUGUCCUGGAUGGGUGGGAGCACGGUCCCAGUGAUGUACUGGGCCGUCGUUUUGAGGUGUGACAUUUGUGAUAAGAUUCAAUAAGCUUUAACACUCCCCUAUGUAUGUAUUUGGACAGUGAAGCUAAAACUUUUAAUUUGGCUCUAUACUGAAGCAUUUGGGAUUUGAGAUAAAAUGUUUCAUAUGAGGCGACAGUACAGAAUGUCACCUUUUAUUUGAGGGUAUUUUUUAUUCAUAUCUGUUUUACCGUUUAGAAAUGAAAGCACUUUAUGUAUCUAGUCCCCCCAUUUCAAGGUGUCAUAAGUAUUUGGAGAAAUUCACUUAUGUAUAUUAAAGUAGUCAAAAGUUUAGUAUUCGGCCCCAUAUUCCUAGCAUGAAUGACUACAUCAAGCUUGUGACUCUACAAACUUGUUGGAUGCAUUUGCAGGUUGUUUUGGUUGUGUUUCAGAUUAUGUUCUACCCAAUAGAAAUGAAUGAUAAUUAAUGUAUUGUCAUUUUGGAGUCACUUUUAUUGUAAAUUUAAGAAAAUUAUAUGUUUCUGAACACUUCUAUGUUCAUGUGGAUGCUACCAUGAUUAUGGAUAAUCAAGAAUGAAUUGUGAAUAAUGAUGAGUGAGAAAGUUAGAGGAAUAAAUAUCAUACCCCCCCAAAAAAAAUGCUAACCUUUGUGCCUCUAACUUUCUCACUCAUCAUUAUUCACAAUUCAUUAAUGAUUAUCUGUAAUCAUGGUAUCAUCUGCACUGAACAAAAAUAUAAACGCAACAUGUAAAGUGUUGGGCCCAUGCUUCAUGAGCUCAAAUAAAAAAUCCCAGACAUUUUCCAUACGCACAAAAAACAUAUUUCUCUCAAAAUUUGUGCACAAAUUUGUUUACAUCCCUGUUAGUGAGCAUUUCUCCUUCGCCAAGAUAAUCCAUCCACCUGACAGGUGUGGCAUAUCAAGAAGCUGAUUAAACAGCAUGAUCAUUACACAGGUGUACAAUAGAAGGCCACUUUAAAAUGUGCAGUUUUCACACGACACAAUGCCAAAGAUGUCUCAAGUUUUGAGGGACGAAGCACGAAUGUCCACCAGAGCUGUUGCCAGAGAAUGUAAUGUUCAUUUCUCUACCAUAAGGUGCCUCCAAUGUCAUUUUAGAGAAUUUCGCAUUAUGUCAAACCGUCCUCACAACCGCAGACCACGUGUAACCACGCCAGCCCAGGACCUCCACAUCCGGCUUCUUCGCCUGCAGGAUCGUCUUGGGGGGGUGGAGGGGAGUGCUGAGGAGUAUUUCUGUCUAUAAUAAAGCCCUUUUGUGGGGGAAAACUCUGAUUGGCUGGGCCUGGCUGCCAAGUGGGUGGGCCUAUGCCAAUGGCUGCACCCCUGCCUAGUCAUGUGAAAUCCAUAGAUUAGAGCCUAAUUAAUUUAUUUAAAUUGACUGAUUUCCUUAAAUGAACUGUAACUCAGUCAAAUCUUUGAAAUUGUUGCAUGUUGCGUUUAUAUUUUUGUUCAGUAUGCAUUAAUGUAGAAGUGUUCAGAAACAUAUUCUAUUCUUAUUUACAAUAAAAAGGACUCCAAAAUUACACUACAUUAUUUACCAUUAUUUGAUUUUGGGCACAACAUAAUCUGAAACACAACCAAAACAAACUGCAAAUGCAUCCAACACGUUUGUAGAGUCACAAGCUUGAUGUAGUCAUUGCAUGCUAGGAAUAUGGGGCCGAAUACUAAACUUUUGACUACUUUAAUAUACAUACAGUGGGGGAAAAAAGUAUUUAGUCAGCCACCAAUUGUGCAAGUUCUCCCACUUAAAAAGAUGAGAGAGGCCUGUAAUUUUCAUCAUAGGUACACGCCAACUAUGACAGACAAAUUGUGAAUUUUUUUUCUCCAGAAAAUCACAUUGUAGGAUUUUUUUAUGAAUUUAUUUGCAAAUUAUGGUGGAAAAUAAGUAUUUGGUCACCUACAAACAAGCAAGAUUUCUGGCUCUCACAGACCUGUAACUUCUUCUUUAAGAGGCUCCUCUGUCCUCCACUCGUUACCUGUAUUAAUGGCACCUGUUUGAACUUGUUAUCAGUAUAAAAUACACCUGUCCACAACCUCAAACAGUCACACUCCAAACUCCACUAUGGCCAAGACCAAAGAGCUGUCAAAGGACACCAGAAAUAAAAUUGUAGACCUGCACCAGGCUGGGAAGACUGAAUCUGCAAUAGGUAAGCAGCUUGGUUUGAAGAAAUCAACUGUGGGAGCAAUUAUUAGGAAAUGGAAGACAUACAAGACCACUGAUAUUCUCCCUCGAUCUGGGGCUUCACGCAAGAUCUCACCCCGUGGGGUCAAAAUGAUCACAAGAACGGUGAGCAAAAAUCCCAGAACCACACGGGGGGACCUAGUGAAAGACCUGCAGAGAGCUGGGACCAAAGUAACAAAGCCUACCAUCAGUAACACACUACGCCGCCAGGGACUCAAAUCCUGCAGUGCCAGACGUGUCCCCCUGCUUAAGCCAGUACAUGUCCAGGCCCGUCUGAAGUUUGCUAGAGUGCAUUUGGAUGAUCCAGAAGAGGAUUGGGAGAAUGUCAUAUGGUCAUAUGAAACCAAAAUAUAACUUUUUGGUAAAAACUCAACUCGUCGUGUUUGGAGGACAAAGAAUGCUGAGUUGCAUCCAAAGAACACCAUACCUACUGUGAAGCAUGGGGGUGGAAACAUCAUGCUUUGGGGCUGUUUUUCUGCAAAGGGACCAAGACGACUGAUCCGUGUAAAGGAAAGAAUGAAUGGGGCCAUGUAUCGUGAGAUUUUGAGUGAAAACCUCCUUCCAUCAGCAAGGGCAUUGAAGAUGAAACGUGGCUGGGUCUUUCAGCAUGACAAUGAUCCCAAACACACCGCCCGGGCAACGAAGGAGUGGCUUCGUAUGAAGCACAUUAAGGUCCUGGAGUGGCCUAGCCAGUCUCCAGAUCUCAACCCCAUAGAAAAUCUUUGGAGGGAGUUGAAAGUCCGUGUUGCCCAGCAACAGCCCCAAAACAUCACUUCUCUAGAGGAGAUCUGCAUGGAGGAAUGGGCCAAAAUACCAGCAACAGUGUGUGAAAACCUUGUGAAGACUUACAGAAAACGUUUGACCUGUGUCAUUGCCAACAAAGGGUAUAUAACAAAGUAUUGAGAAACUUUUGUUAUUGACCAAAUACUUAUUUUCCACCAUAAUUUGCAAAUAAAUUCAUUAAAAAUCCUACAAUGUGAUUUUCUGGAUUUUUUUUCCUCAUUUUGUCUGUCAUAGUUGACGUGUACCUAUGAUGAAAAUUACAGGCCUCUCUCAUCUUUUUAAGUGGGAGAACUUGCACAAUUGGUGGCUGACUAAAUACUUUUUUCCCCCACUGUAAGUGAAUUUCUCCAAAUACUUAUGACACCUUGAAAUGGGGGGACUAGAUACAUAAAGUGCUUUCAUUUCUAAAUGGUAAAACAGAUAUCUAUGAAAAUACCCUCAAAUAAAGGUGACAUUCUGUAUUGUCGCCUCGUAUGAAACAUCUGAUCUCAAAUCCAAAAUGCUUGAGUAUAGAGCCAAAUUAAAAGUUUUUGCUUCACUGUCCAAAUAUGAUGGGGAGUGUAUCUAUGACUGAUAAGGUCCAAUAUUUGAUACUGCCAGUGCCUAUAAUUCGUAUUGCCUUGAGAACCUGCAGACUUCAAGAGAACAUAUUUUGCAUCACUUAAAUUAUUUAAAUGAAUUGUUCAGUCAGGCUAAUUGUUUGAUUCUCCAUGCUCAGGUGUACGUGCAGCAUCUCCUGAAGAAGAACAAGGAACAUCUGUGGAAGCUGAUCCAUACUGACAAUGCUCACAUCUACAUUUGUGGGUAAGAGCCAUUUCAGACCACCUGCAUAUGUACAUGCUUUUAGAGGGUUUUCUGAAAGGGAAAAUCCAUAAUCGUGUGCCCUCUGUAAAUAUGGCUGCCACUUGUCCUUCCCUAGGGAUGCUCGGAACAUGGCGCGGGACGUGCAGAACACCUUCUAUGACAUCGCUGAGGAGGUCGGAGUCCUCACACACACACAGGCUGUGGCCUACAUCAAGAAGCUGAUGACCAAGGGCCGCUACUCUCAGGACGUGUGGAGCUAA